UUCGCUCUCGCUCAGUUUUGCCAUUUGUUUAGUUGUUUUUUGUAAUGCUGUUCGCGGAUGAUUCACAUUUGUAACGACUUCGGUCUGCAGUUUUAUUGAAAUUCAGGACAUUUUCGAGUGCAAAAGUGCAACAAGUGUGUGAAAAAGUGCGUAGACGUGACAAGUGCGUGUAAUUAGCCGGGAAAAUGGGUUGUGCUGUGAGUACGGCGCGAGAUAAGGAGGCCACGGAACGUUCGAAAAACAUCGAUAGGGCGCUGCGUGCGGAUGGCGAAAAAGCCGCUUCGGAAGUGAAACUGCUGCUUUUGGGCGCCGGUGAAUCAGGUAAAUCGACGAUUGUAAAGCAGAUGAAAAUCAUUCAUGAGACCGGAUAUUCGCAAGAGGAAUGCGAACAAUAUCGACCCGUAGUAUACAGUAAUACAAUACAAAGUUUAAUGGCCAUUAUAAGAGCUAUGGGACAAUUAAGAAUAGAUUUUGCCGAUCCAUCAAAAACGGAUAUUGCUCGACAAUUUUUUACAUAUGCAUCGGCAGCAGAGGAGGGUGUACUGAUGCCUGAAUUAGUUGUUCUUAUGAAGAAAUUAUGGGCGGAUCCUGGUGUGCAACAAUGUUUUCAGCGUUCACGCGAAUAUCAACUGAAUGACUCGGCAGCUUAUUAUUUGAAUUCGUUAGAUAGAAUAUCCCAACAAAAUUAUAUUCCUACACAACAAGAUGUACUUCGAACACGAGUGAAAACAACAGGAAUAGUUGAAACACAUUUCAGUUUUAAAGGAUUACAUUUCAAGAUGUUCGACGUUGGCGGUCAAAGGUCGGAACGGAAAAAAUGGAUACAUUGUUUCGAAGGAGUGACGGCUAUCAUAUUUUGUGUGGCUUUAUCAGGGUACGACUUGGUACUUGCCGAAGAUGAGGAAAUGAAUCGAAUGAUUGAAUCGAUGAAACUUUUCGAUUCAAUCUGUAAUUCCAAAUGGUUUGUCGAAACGUCAAUUAUUUUAUUCUUAAACAAAAAGGAUUUGUUUGAAGAGAAAAUCACGCGAUCACCGUUGACAAUAUGUUUCCCAGAAUACACAGGAUCCAACACUUUUGAAGAGGCUUCGAGUUAUAUUAGAAUGAAAUUCGAAAAUUUGAAUAAACGAAAAGAUCAAAAGGAGAUUUACACACAUUUAACGUGCGCAACGGAUACAAGUAAUAUCCAAUUUGUAUUUGACGCCGUCACAGAUGUCAUUAUUAAGAACAAUCUCAAAGAUUGUGGACUAUUUUAGACUCAUAAAGUAAUAUAUCGAAUUUAACUAUAUGUGUAAAAUGUUGCAGAAGGAAAUGAUGCAUAAAUGAAAAGAAGGUCUAAUGAUAUACAUACGUAGGUACAAUUUUACCCAAUGACAUUUUUUAGAACUUGAAGAAAUUACGAGUAUCGUUUGGACUAUGAAAUGGAUCAAACGAGCGACACAUGCAUGCGCAAAUGAACAAUAUGUUACAUAUUAGCUACGAGUAUAUAAUAAAUGUAUAGAGAAAAUUGAAAUAUGUAGUAUUUUAAUGUGAAAUU